CUCUUUCUCUCUGUGUUUCCGGUUCAGUCCUAAAAGUUUUGUUUUGUUUCGUUUCGGUCGGGUCGCGAAAAAUCGGUUUGUGUAUAAGAACGCGAACGCGAACGCGAAAAGCGUUAAAUUGUUCGUCUUGAUUCUCACUUUACUAUCUGUGUUUGUCAGAGAGCGAGAGCCAUGACUGAGAGCGAGAGCCUGGAAGCUGCAAAAUCACAGGAGAAGCAGCAAAACGACGACGUGGAGAAGUUACAAAAGAACGAGUUCGAGCAAGAGGAAGAAACGGAAGAGGAAGAAGAAGAGGAGGAAGAGUUAUUGGCUGAAGAUGAAGAAGAAGAGGAGGAGGAAGCGAGUCAACUCGGUGAGUUGAAGGAAGAGCAGCAACUCGGCGAGAGUAAUCGGAGUGAAGGGUUACAAGAGAAUUCUGGCUUGGGAUCAUUAGAGCGAGCUGAGUUGCAGGUUGAGGUGUCCCACCAGUCGGUAAGUAUAACAGCCCAGAAUGCUGAAGCUCAUGCACAAAAUCAGCCUCAGUCACUGGAGUGUCCAACAUUUAUAUGUGAACUAUCACCAACUUCUGUUACACAAUCGAUAUCAUCUGCUCCAAGCCCAACUCUACCAGAACAAAGAUUGUCACCACUAAAGGUUAAUACCAUAUCUCAGCCGGAAAAUUUGUCCAAGAAUAAAACUGUAUCUGUUGUUAACAUUGUCAAGACACCUGUUCCUGAUGGUUAUAAUUGGAGGAAAUAUGGUCAGAAGCAAGUGAAGAGUCCUAGAGGUUCUCGUAGCUAUUACAAGUGCACUUAUUCUGAUUGCUGUGCUAAAAAGAUUGAAUGUUCUGAUCACACAGGCCAUGUCAUAGAGAUCGUUAAUAAAGGCAUGCACAGUCAUGAUCCACCUCGAAAGAAUAAUUCCAUUCAGGAAAAUAGGAUUGUAUCAUCUGUUGGGCCUGCUUUAGGCAAUAAUGGUGCAGAACAACCCAUCAGAGCACUUAAUGAUUCAGAUCUAUCAACAUCUUCAAAAGAUUGCACACAGGGAGCAACUGCAGUUGCUGAAAGAAAACGACCAAGCUUAAGUGGCAGUGAUGGGAAUGGUGAAACUAUAGUCAAGGAGGAGCAUGCACAUGAACCAGAGGCCAAACGAAGGGUGAAGAAGGGUAAUGUCACAUGUUCAAGUCCACUCUUAAAACAGGGUAAAAAACCUAAAUUUGUUGUACAUGCAGCUGGUGAUGUGGGAAUUUCUGGUGAUGGAUACAGAUGGCGCAAGUAUGGACAAAAAAUGGUGAAGGGAAAUCCUAAUCCUAGGAACUAUUAUAGAUGCACUUCUGCUGGAUGCCCCGUCCGAAAGCACAUUGAGACAGCUGUAGAUAAUACAAGUGCUGUCAUUAUAACAUAUAAGGGGGUACAUGAUCACGACAUGCCUGUGCCCAAGAAGAGGCAUGGCCCACCAAGUGCUCCUCUUGUUGCUGCUGCUGCCCCCGCCUCCAUGAACAAUUCACAAUUAAAGAAAACAGAUGGAGUCCAAAACCAAACAAGUUCAACCCAGUGGUCAGUGAGCACAGAAGGUGAAUUGACAGGUGCGGCCAUGGAUCUGGGAGGUGAGAAAGCAAUGGAAUCAGCUCGAACUCUUCUUAGCAUCGGAUUUGAAAUAAAGCCUUGCUGAAAUCUCCCUUCAUCAACCCAGGAUACAAUAGGAAGAUUAUUAGUUUGCUUUUCUUAUGUAUGAAAAUCAUGCAUCUGUCACCAUAUUAUUGAUUUUCCAGGUUUCUUUUUCUGUUUGUAUCUUUUUAUUAUUGCUUAAUUAUGUGGCCUUUGUGUGAGCAGUUGUAUAGUUGAUGUUGUAUCUGAGCUGAUUUAUUGUAGUUGGAACAAUUUAGCUUA